AUGCAGCCCACCGGCGCACUGUCCGAAGAUGGCAUCCAUGUCGACAUGAACCACCUGAAGAAGGGCGAGGUCAACAUGGCAAUCAACUUCAAGGACGGCGUCAUCCUGGGCGCCGACAGCCGGACGACCACCGGUGCCUACAUCGCAAACCGCGUCACCGACAAGCUUACCCAAGUGCACGACACGAUAUGGUGCUGCCGCUCAGGCUCGGCGGCCGACACGCAGGCCGUGGCCGACAUUGUCCAAUACCAUCUCAGCAUGUACGGAAUCCAGAACAACGAGAAGCCGACGACGCAGACGGCAGCGGCGCUGUUCCAAGAGCUCUGCUACGCGAACAAGGACCAGUUGAGUGCGGGCAUCAUCAUCGCGGGCUACGACGACCGCCACGGCGGGCAGGUCUACUCGAUCCCGCUGGGCGGCUCAUUACACAAGCAGGCGUACGCGAUUGCCGGCUCGGGCUCAACGUACAUCUACGGAUACUGCGACGCCAAGUGGAAGGAAGGCAUGACGGAGGGCGAGGGCAUCGAGUUCGUCAAGGGCGCGCUGCGCGAGGCCAUCAAGUGGGACGGCAGCUCGGGCGGUGUGAUCCGCAUGGUGGUGUUGACGGGCAAGGGCGCGGUGCGGCAUCUGUACCUGCCGGACCAGGACUACCAGGGACCGGGCAGCAAGUAG